AUGCAGGAUGGCGUUUCGCUAAUUGUCACAAACGAUGGGGAACGUGAACUGGCUGAUAUGCCUCGGCUUCUUCUGAUGGGAGUUAAGUUUAUCCUGACAAACUAUGGAAAACAGGUAAGAAUGCCCAUUUUGCUCAACCCUUAUGCCGUCGUCAAUUCGUUCACAACCUCUGUGGAUGAUGAGAUAAUGCUAUGCUUCGAUGACAAGAGACUCGCUCUUGUGGCUCCAAGUACAAGACUCAGGAUUGUCUAG